AAUCAAGAUGCGGGAGGAGUCGCAGAAAAAAUAUUCAAUCGGCAAAGUUAUUUGCGCGGAAUGUGUUUGAAAUGCAGUCGGAAAAAGUGUUUCAAGUGUGCUGAUAACGAUCAGGAGUUAAAUAAUACAUAAAACUAUAUAGUUUCUACAACGAUGAUGCCAAUAAUGUGAAGUGUUGGUUCUUGUUCAAAUGUUGGUCACGUCUGACGAAUUUCUCAUCACGUUUGGAUUAACGGGAUUAACGUAUGCUGGACAUAAAGGUUUAACACUGCGAUAGCAAUCGAAUUUUAGAAUGUAUAAAUAAAGCCAGAACAUUUUGUCAGGCUUAUUAGCAUUCCUUCAGUUGAAGUAAGCGAUCGCGCGUCUGUUAGCGCGUGCAAGCCUUUGAUUCAAGUAAUCUUGUAAACGGUGUGUAGUAAAACAGGUUCUUCUGAACUACCGGCCGGUAUUACCACGAGACUUUCACGCGAUAAAGAGAGAUACGGUUGUUGCUCUACAAGUAGCAGGGAUUACACCAGACAUAAGUGUGAGAUAUGGGUCUCACGCAGAUCGAGAAGUUCAUUCCUGGCGCCAGGUGGCUACGAGGAUACAGCGCGCAAUUUGCAGUAGCUGAUCUUAUCGCUGGUAUCACUGUCGGCUUAACAGUGCUGCCACAAGGAUUGGCUUACGCUACGCUAGCCGGUCUGGAGCCACAGUAUGGAUUAUACUCGGCUUUCGUAGGUGGUUUGGUGUACGCUCUGAUGGGUGGCUGCCGUGAAGUGACGAUUGGACCAACGGCCUUACUUGCAUUGAUGACAAGUCGUCAUACGGGACAUGGUGGAGUAUCCGGCCCUCAUUUUGCCAUUCUUCUAUGCUUUCUCUCCGGGAUUGUGGAACUUCUAAUGGCAGUUUUGCGACUGGGUGCACUAGUGGAUCUGAUUUCAUUGCCUGUAACGGUUGGCUUCACAUCGGCCACUGCUCUAAUUAUUGGAGCGUCACAACUGAAGGCUUUGCUAGGCAUUCGUGGAGGAUCUGGAUCAGGAUUUGCGGAAACUAUCAAAACUGUCGUGAUGAGGUUUGGAGAGGCUCGAAUUCCAGAUAGCGUCCUAGGCUUUGUCUCCAUAGCAAUUCUACUUGCACUGCGGAAACUCAAGGACAUGAAGACGCCUCAGGAUGCCAGCAAAGGACGGAAAGCUCUCGGUAUUGCAUUCUGGGUCAUUGCAACGGCAAGAAACGCCUUACUCGUACUAGUAACCAGCUCUAUCGCAUUCUACUUCGAUCGAAACGGUCAACGGCCGUUCAUGCUAACCGGGACGGUUAAAAGCGGAAUCCCUGGUUUCCAUCUGCCUCCAUUUUCAACGCAGAUCCCCGGCCCAAACAACACAUUUGUUGAUCUGAACUUUACAGAUAUGGUCUCUGAACUCGGCGUCAACAUAGCACUGGUACCGAUCAUUGCCGUGCUGGGAAAUGUUGCCAUUUCGAAGGCAUUCGGUGGAACUGGCAUCAAUCCAACGAAGGAACUGGUGGCUCUUUCACUGAGUAAUGUCUUCGGAUCAUUCUUCAGCUCGAUUCCUGUGACCGGGUCAUUUUCCAGAAGUGCAGUCAAUCAUGCUAGUGGAGUGAAAACGCCGAUAGGAGGCAUAUACACCGGUACUCUAGUCCUCCUAGCCUUGGGCCUACUCACUCCGUACUUCCAGUACAUACCGAAAGCUGCGCUUAGCGCUGUCAUAAUUUCAGCGGUUAUAUUCAUGAUCGAAUACGAAGUUAUUCGACCUCUGUGGCGGUGCAAUAAAAGAGAACUCAUUCCUGGAGCUGUGACUUUCCUUCUGAGUUUGGUCGUCGGAGUAGAACUGGGACUGCUGGCUGGUGUUCUAGCUGAUCUGGCAUUCGUCGUUUACCGCACUGCACGACCUGUCCUGAGCGUUGACGUCAUUUCCUCAUCAACUGAUGUUCAGUACAUCAUAAUUCGACCGCGCCACAGUCUUCUCUAUUUCCCAGCAGUAGAAUGGGUACGAAACGUCAUCUCCAAAGCAAUCAAAAAACAUGGAAAUAUCCCGAUAGUAUUAGAUUGCCGGAUAGUGCAUGAAUUUGACUACACGGCAGCGACCGGGUUGGGAGCUCUACGGAAGGAGCUCGAUGCCAAAAAAGUUCCUUUAGUAGUACUAGGAGCGUCUCAAGAGGUUCAAAAAAUGCUGAAAGAAACGUUAAAAAGCACACUUCUGGAGGCAAACAAUGAAGAUGAAUUGGAGAUUGUCCUUCAAGAACUGUGUGAUGAAGGUAAAAGGGCGGAACUUCGGGAAGUAGUAUCCCCGUUACUGUCGCCAACUGCUGAGCACCAAAAGUCCUUAGAUGCCUUAGAUGAGGAAUGAUGAAUAUUUCAUCAAGUGAACGUAAACUCUAACCACCGAAAAACCGACGUGAAAGUUAAAGCUCACUUUAACUUGAGAAUCUCUAACUUUCAAUUCGAAUGAACAGCGAUCCAAUUUUUCAAAAACUAUAGAAUUUGUUAGUCUAGAUCCAAAAUUUGAAUCAGACACGAACAGAUAUAACAACAGAUGGCGGUAGUGUUUAAUCGUCAAACCCAAGUAAGUUGACUUUUAGCGGCGCUGGCGGUAACACCAACCGGCCAGCAGAACUCGUGCUUUUUUUCAGUUACCGUGGGGACGUCAUUUGUGAUUAGCCCGGUCUCUUUCAGAUUGUCUAAUUAUUUAUGAACGGCUACUUAUAUUUGAUAUUGACGGUGGACGUCAGCAUAACGUUUCCCAUUCAUCUAAUGGUGUCCAUAGUAGUAAAAUUACGUUUAUUUCUGUUGAUUAUAAUUGUACAUUGAUUUAACACUUCAAUUGAUUAGCCUACCUGGCUCUACAUCUUUCUUUUAUUGGAUAUUCUAAUUCAAUAUUUGCGUUUUUACGUCUAGCUUACAUUGAUUCGUUUUAAUUGAAAAUGUGAUAACCUACCUAACGUGCUAGAUCACGUAUGAUCUGAUGAUCUAAUCUCAGACAGGUUUCUCUGAACCUUCCCAGAGACUGAAGACCAUCCAGGUGGUGGACCUCAGAAUUUCGCGUCCGUGGAGGACUGUUAAGGGUCAUCCUAAAGAUCUUGUUCUGGAUCCUUUGGAGUUUAAGGUGAUGGCAUUUGGCGCAAAUUUUUCGGAGAUGAACAAGCCCGUAGCUAAAAAUCUCCUCAAUACAGUUUGAAAACAAAAAAUAGCGCAAAUCUCCCAGAUUGGCAUACCGUCGAUCAUGGGAAGGAUUACAUAUUUGCUUGUAGACAGCAUGCUUGUUUUAAAGGGACAAAGUGGAUCUUCUGUUGAUGAGUGGAUACAGGAAUCUCAUCAGGAGGUUGCAUCUGGUUUUCGUUUUGUCAACGUGUCCGAUUUUUAUUCGUUUAACGAACCGAAAAAUGAUAGUAUAGCGAACAAAAAUUAAUCGAGUAAUUACAAAAUGGGACAUCUCUGAUUUUUUAUGUGAUUAUUUUGAUUAAAAAAGUGCAAAAUUUCAACUCACAAGCACCAAAACAUCUUGCAUACGGGGUAUUCAUUAGAUGAAAGGGACCGUGAAAGAUGACACUAAAAUAGAAAGUUUUUUUUUUCACUUUCGACUGUUUUAUCUUAGCAUUAUUUGGUAAUGCUACCAGAUAAGAAAAAAACCGUUGAACAUGUGUUCGGUUAACAAUGGGCGAGUGUUAUGUCUGUUUGUCUGUAAUAAAUAUAUCAGUAGUGUGCUAUAAUAUCAAACAUUUUGUUGUAAACCUUGUCGGUUUGUCGGUGCAGUUUUAACAUUAAAAUAUGCUUACCUAAAAUAAGUAAUGUAAUGUGUACCUCCUUAAGAGCAACCUACCUCUGUGUAGAAUUGAUCGGUGUUCUCUCUGUAAAGUAUCUGUACUGGGAUUGUUUAAUGUUCCUGUGUUAUGUUUAUAUUUCUGUACGUUUUUUAAAUGUUAGAUUAAGCAACUUAUUGAAUAGGAAG